UAGCCCUGCGCCGUCCCGCCCAGUUCCCGGCCUCGGUCCCUGCUGCGCAGCUCUGCGGACCCUCGCAGCUGUCGCCGCCAAAAUGUCUACAGGUGCACCUGCAGGUUCAAGUGCUGCCGCUGGCAGCAGUCGAAGACUUCAACAGACUCAAAAUCAAGUAGAUGAGGUGGUGGACAUAAUGAGAGUCAACGUGGAUAAGGUGUUAGAGAGAGACCAGAAGCUCUCCGAGUUAGAUGACCGUGCAGAUGCACUGCAGGCAGGAGCUUCUCAAUUUGAAACAAGUGCUGCCAAGUUGAAGAGAAAAUAUUGGUGGAAGAAUUGCAAGAUGUGGGCAAUAGGGAUUAGUGUUCUGAUUACUAUCAUCAUCAUCAUCAUCGUGUGGAGUGUCUCUUCAUGAAGAACCAGUGAAACUCAAGCCUGCUGUUCAAGAAACCUCUUCAAGACUUUUGACUUAGAACCUGCUAUAUUAUCAAGCUUACCUACUGUUUUAUCUAAAGUGUUUAUUUUUUUGUUAGUUAAUGUAAAGUUCAAUUUCUAGGAGAUGUGCCUUUGUUUUUUAAUACACACUCCACAUUAGAAGUAAUGGCCAGCCCCAUCCACGUUUUGCACAGUGCCUUUACAGAUUUACAUAUGGGCUGAAGAAGAGGACUUCUUAAGUUCCAGAGUACUAUAAUCUAGAUGUAAUAUUGUCACUAAUUAAAUGCCAUUGAUCCCAGUUAAGAGAAUUUGUGCCAAGUUAGUUAUCCUUGUCAUACGGCAUUGUCUUCGGAACCACAUUUUAAACCCCUGGGUAAUUAGAUUUCCAACUUGUGCCUUCCAGAAAGAACACUACUGCCUAACAGAAAGAACACUACUGCACUACUGCCUAACGCAAAUCUGUGACAGUAACAGGCUGUGCCUUAUUUUGAUAUUUUUCUGAUUCCCUUUAAGAGAAUCCUCUAUGUUUUUGUAAGCACUACUGACUUUUUCGCUAUACUUAAAACAAGAUGCUGGUAAAGAGUUUUUGCUCUUACAUUAAAUAUGAAGAUGUUUA